AUGAGUGAACAAUUUGCUUAAGGAGCUACUCUCUAAAGAUAUAACCAAGAUUUGUCUCGUUAUAUUGAAAAUAUUAGAGUUGGAAGGGAUGAUUUGCAUGAGGAAAUUAUCAAGGAUGAGGAGGAAAAGCAUUAAAUUGAAAGCGAAAUCGCAAGUUUAACAGAAAGAUUAGGAUCAUUGAGUGAUGCCCUCCUCAAGAAAUACGAAGCAAGAGAGGAAUUUGAUAGAACAAUCUCUGAGACUGAACAGGCUUUCAUGAAAAUCCUAGAAUCCUCAUAAACUCUGUUGCAUGUUUUGAAGAAGGAAGACUCGCAACUCUCUAAGAAGAAGUUCAAUGUCUCAACCAGAAAAAUCAGCAACAAUCUUAAAGAGUAUUAACAAUCUCCAGAGAAGAAACCUUCAAACACCACUAGAAAAUUCAAAGCUUAGCCAGUACACGACUAGAGUGCUGACUACUCAUAUGAUAAUACAAUUGAUAAUUGA